UGUAAUUAUUACAUAACCUUUUAUCUUCACUCUCUUCUCCUGUUUGCUCCAGCCACCGCCCUUUCUCUUUCUUCCUCCUUUCAACGCGUCGUCUUCUUCCUCUAACAAUCACAGAUUCAGCUCCCAUUUUCUUCAUUUUUCAUCCGUUCAAUUUCUUUCUUCUUGUCUCGGCUCCGUUCUUCCUUCCGAUUCUUCAACGGCGUAGUCGGACGCCUAUAGCCGGUUGCAGGAGAUUCGUGCUGGUCUCUGCUUCUUCUUCUGCUAGUUAAAAAAUGCCUUGAAGAGAUAGAGUGAAAUGUGGCUAGAACCGUGGAUUGCUUUAUGAUUUCUGCAUGAUUUGGAUCAACUACAGAUCUAGCCUUUGUUUUGCAAGAUUUGUAACACUGAGAAAAAAGCUGCUGGGAAGCUACCUCAUUCUCCCUCUCUUCAUGCCUCCAUUUUCCUCUCACUGCCUCCCUCUAAAACCGAGCACAGCUGGCCUCAACACUCUCUUACCCACAGGCCACAAACACUGCAGGAGAGCCACACAUCUGCUUCCUUUGGUCGCAGAUCUGCUUCUUCCCUUAAAUCUGUUUCAGACAUCGCAGAUAUCACAAAACCCCAACGAUCACAAACAUCAAAGGCUCUUUGAUUCUCCAUCCAAGACGUGCUGGUCAUUUGCUAUUUCAUCCAUCACCACCUCAAUUUCACCCUCGUACGUGCAAAUCUCAACAUUUCGGUGCCUGUCUACUACACUGUAUUCCUCUUCUUAUCCUACGCCAGACCCUCUUCCAAUGGGUGGAGAGGACCAGACGCCAUCAUCUUCUCUUUUGCUUGAGAAACAAUUUGAAAGUUUUUGUGCUCAGUUAGAUGAAUCUGGAAGCUUGCGGGAGAGAAUUCGUGGUGUGGCAAUGGAGAUUGAGUCCACAACAAGGCUUAUGCAUGCUGGUCUUCUUCUUGUUCACCAAUCUCGUCCAAUUCCUGGUAAUGAAAUCAGUGCUUCGGCUUUAAUUUUGUCUUAGCUUUUAAUUAUUUUUCCUGAUUUAGCAU